GUAAAUCACAAAUCUAUGCGUUUGCACGGCAACAGCGAAUGCACAUCACGAAUAUGGAUGCAAGCGUUACAAGGUGACGUCAUUAGGAGCACAUCGACGUUAGAAACAUGAACAGCAGGAAUGUGAUGUCGCAGUAGGGUCUAUUUGAUUAAACAUUAUCAGUAGUUUCAGUACUGUGGAUCUCCACGAUGGGCAGAUUGGAUGAUGCUGCCAAGCGCAAGGUCGUGGAGCUGCGGGAAGCAGGCUUGAGCUUCCGUAAGAUCAAAGCUGUGCUGGAGCUGGAGAAUAUAAAGGUGUCUGCACAGGCCAUCUACCUUUUCCUUAAGGAGUUUCAAGGGAGAGCUCGCAAGGUGGAUGGAGCUCCAGCUGGGAACAGCAGCCAUACGGGGCCAGUGUCAGGUACAGCCAGGGAGGUGGGCAUCGGUGAGUCUCGACAGGUUGGCUGGAGUGAUCAGCAGCUGAGGAACCUCCUCAGAGAGGCCUCACGGGUCGCAGCCUCACAGCAGGCAAGCUCCUCUUCAGAUGCAAGAGCAGGACAGUCUUCCGGGACAAGUUCGGCAGGUAGACAGGAAACACAGGAAGGGGGGAAAGAUGAGGACAUUCGGAUUGUCAGUGUUACAUCGCUGGCACAGGGCACGCAGCAUGCUGGCAUCCAGACUUCGCGCUCAGGGGUGGGCUCCGGGGCAAUGAGUGGUGCAAAUUUUGUAAGAAGACGACACACACCAUCUCCUGCCAACCCUGUGCUUGUGGCUCGUAAGAGACUGCUGGAUAAAGCUUUGUUUCACCGAGCGAGGGUAAAGGACAAUGGCCCGCAGACCGGCCAGCAGAUGUCAUUGUCAAUGAGGCGAGAACUGUCCUCUUUCUCUGGCCCGGAUGGGAGAAAGAUUGUAUUACCUCAAACGGCUUCUUAUGACCUCACUACACCCAGACCUCCAAACAUAAGAGGGUUAAACCAAGGAGCUACUGCUCACAGAAGGUGGAUGCAUCAGAGGGUAGGCAUUCCCAUUCGAGCUCCUCAACACCCUCCCCGCGUAGGUAUCCGUCUCCCUGAUCCGGUCACCACUGGAACUACAUCCCAAAACACGGCCCCCUCCACACGGGUCCAAAACGUGACCAACCAGCCUUCCCCUCCUCCCCAGCGGAGCAGCUUUGACGCUGGAGCUAUGAGCGGCCUACAAGAGCAGACCCAGUCAUUGAGCUCAGAACUGAGAAAUCUAGGAGUAGCACUGAGGAUGAUGGUGGACCAACAGGGUCGCCUGGAACGAGAGCAGGCCCAGCAGACUCAAGUCCAGAAGCAGAUCCUCAGCGCCCUUCAGGAGCUUGCAUCCAAACUCGAGCCCUGCAGGGUACUUCAUUCCACAUCUGCUCCAACGUUGCAAGCAUCUUGUUCCAUGGCCUCCUCUACAGCGCCUUUUAGCCAGACCACCCCAAACCAGGGCAUCUAUGCUCAGUGCAGCCAAGCCCAGACGGGGUACAACGAGAUCCAUGAUUCAGGUCUUGAGAGCAUCGAGGCGUUCUCUCUGGACCAGCUCAGCCCGCCCUCCAUGAAUGGUUUUCAGCCAUGCCCAGCCUCCGCCGGGCCCUUGUUCAACCACGCACAACCGCGCACGCCGACAUUCACACAGGCACACGUGCAAACAUUCUCAGCCAAUGCACUCCACUAUGCACAGUCACACUCAGACUCCUUCACAGGGAUGGAUAGUAAAACAGUUGACAUGUCCUCCACCAGUGCAGAUGGAACAUUCCAGGCUUGUAGCCCACCUAACCAGAUCUUUAGUCACCCUGUGUCGCCGCACAAGCCUGAGCUGAACAUUAUUAAGGUGGAGAACGUCUGAGAAUGCAGGAAACAGCUUAGAGAAGUGGAUGCAUCACCUCACAGGCUACAUUCACACUGCACAUUUUUAAUUGCUGUUGUAGUCAACCAAUAUGGGUUUUUCAAUACUGAUAUUUAGCCGAUAAAUGGAUCUAAACCCGAUCUAGAUAUCUACAGUGCAUCCGGAAAGUAUUCACGGCGCUUCACAUUUUCCACAUUUUGUUAUGUUCCAU